ACGAAAAUCGGAUACGGGGUCUCAUCUUCUAGCCCACCAAUUGUACUUAGAUUUUGGUAAAGCUUUCAGGCGGUUGCCAUCAUGGCACACCCCAUUCUACACAAAUUUUUGUUGGUUUUCCUUUUUGCUGCUAUUUUUAACACGCAUGCGUUUCAGAAGGGAAAAUUUGAACUGGAAAAUCGGGCAGCAAUUUGGAUGUUUACGGAGCAGAAAGAACAAGUCGCACAGAACAGAACAAGGGAUGCCUUCCUGAUCCCGCACAUCCGACAUCCACGGAGUGCUGGUGUCAUUACCAUGGAGAUGAUUGAUGAAGGACUGAGUGAUGCAAUUGAGGGUGUUGCUUAUCAGAGAGGAGAUAUCAUUCUAGGGGGAAUGUUUGCUGUUCUUUUUCCAGAUAAUGAUGGCAAUCCUUGCUCUAGAGUUCUGCAAAAGACUGGAUUGAGAAUGGAAGCCAUGAUGUAUGCUGUGGACGUUCUCAAUAAUAGCACUGACAUCCUGCCAAAUGUUAAGCUAGGAUUUGAUAUCCGAAACGACUGCUCUGAUCCCAACAAGGCGCUGAGGGAAGCUCUCAAUUUCAUAUCUCUGAGUGACGGAAGGUCUUGUUCUAGUGAUGAACCACAGACAAUAGGAGUAAUUGGCACAGGAUCCAGUGCUACAUCAACAGAUGUGGCAAACCUUCUUGGGUUAUUCAAAGUGCCUCAAGUCAGCUACUCAGCUUCAAGUCCACUCUUGAGCGACAAGAAGCUCUACCCAUACUUUCUUCGAACUAUCGCCUCAGAUGUCAACCAAGCUGAAGUGAUGGCUGAUCUUGCAGAAACCAUGAGAUGGAAUUAUGUUGCUAUCAUCUAUACUAUUGAUAACUAUGGAACACCUGGAAUGAAGUUAUUGAGCGAUUUGCUUCAGUCGAGAAAUAUCUGCACCCCUAUCAUCCGAGGCUUGAACAGUGACAGCCCUGAUGACGACGUGGCUAAAAUCAUUGAAGAAUUGGCUCGGGAUGAAAAGAUUUUGGUAAUCUUCACUUUCUGUGGAAAGCAAGGAAUAGGACGUAUUUUGACAGGGGCACAAAAUAAAGGACUGACCAAUAGAACAUGGAUUGCAAGUGACUCGUGGGGCCAAUCGGAUCAAGUCGUUCAAAAUGUGAAAUCUCUUGUCAGGGGCAUGCUGGGAAUCAUUCCUAAGUCAGACCCUGAUAAAAACUUCAAGAGGUACUUGUCUCAAUUGGACCCUUACGCCAACCACCGUAAUCCUUGGUAUCAGCUUACCUUAGGCAAACAUUUUGAUUGUACAUUUAACCCAUCUGAUGCACAACACAAGCAGUGCCUGGGAAAUGAAACAUUCGCCCAAGAGGAAGAUGCUGCAGCUAGCUUUGUGAUCGAUGCUGUGUAUGUGUUAGGUUAUGCACUACAUGACAUGCUUACACAGUGUGAUGGUUGUUUGAAUGAUACAAAAAAUCUGGAUCUAGAAGCAUAUCUGGAUUACAUUAAGGAAGUCAACUUCAGUGGUUUGACUAAUUCCAACUUCAUGUUUGAUGACAAUGGAGAUCCCAUGGGUCAGUACGAGAUUUAUAAUCUACAGUGUUUUGGUGACGAAUGUUCCUUUGUUAAAGUAGCUGACUGGGACCCAACAUCAAAGUUCAGUAACUGGCAGCAAGUUGAUUGGCAGACAGGAACAGUGCCCCCGUUGUCUAGAUGUUCAGAUGAUUGCCCUCCGGGGCAUUUUAUUACACUGCUAACACCUAAGUGCUGCUGGGAAUGUCACCGAUGUGAUGCCGACAGUAUCAGCAUGUCCCAGAAUUCCCUGCAGUGCACAGUGUGUCUUGAUGGUGAACGAACCAAUGAGAAUCAGACAGCUUGUCUUAUUAAUCCUGUUGUGUACUUGGAGUGGAAUCAUGCUGUGGCUAUUGUUCUUGUGAUACUGACGAUUAUUGGUCUCCUUGCAACUGGAUUCACAUUAGCAAUCUACAUCAGACAUAGAAACUCACCAACAGUCAAAGCCACCAGCACAGAACUGAGCUAUCUCCUCUUGGUGGGCAUUGCCAUGAGUUACUCCUCUACAUUUCUCUUUGUUGCCAUGCCAACUGAUGAGAUCUGCAAUGCUAAGAUUGUGAUGGUUGGAACCAGUUUUGCGGUGUAUGUAGGAGCCCUGUUGACUAAAACCAACCGCAUCUCCAGAAUCUUCAAUCGCAAGCUAUCUGAUGGAGCACCAUCAAUGUUUCUCAGUAUCCAGUAUCAACUGCUGUUUGCUCUGGGUAUAGUGGCUAUUCAGGUGGCGAUGCAGGUCAUUUGGUUACAGUUGGAGCCAGGGUUCGUUGUCAAGGAUACUAGUGACCCUGAGGUCACAUUAUUGGAAUGUGACUAUAAUUCCUUCUUGGGACCUGGAGUUGCUGUGGGUUUUAAUGCUGUCUUGGCUAUGCUCUGUUUGUACAAAGCAUUCAGAAUCCGCAAACUACCAGGACAAUUCAAUGAUUCUAGAGGGAUAUGCUUUGCCAUGCUGACAUGUUGCCUUAUCUGGUUCAUCUUCUUUUCCUGCUACUUUUCAACUACCGGCAUUGCUAACUCCAUCAUUUGUAGUACUGCUUUCGUUGCUAGCGGUACCUCUGGCCUCAUCUGUAUGUUUGUACCCAAGUUGUGGAUUGUCAUCAUGAGACCUGAACUUAACGUUCGCCAGUCUACCUUGAAACUCAAGAGUUCAUCAGGGACCGGUGUGAAUAUUAAGACUGUCAGCAGUGUGGUCAACAAGAAGAAUGGUCGUGCCUCUUUUACCUCAGUUAUAACAGACUUGAAUCCUCCAUCUACAUCAAGUCACAGCUCAGAUGGAGACAAAGACAGUAUGUCACAGGCCAGCAGUGAAGAUGAGGAACUGAGGUUUCUAGAGGAAAUUGAGAAGUUGGAAAAAGAGUUGAAGGAUGCAGUAAUAGAACGGGAUGAUGCGGUUGCCAAGGCUAAUGAAGCAUAUGAAGAGAUGCUGGACUUACAAAAGAUGCAAGAGGAUGAAUUACAGAAGUUUGAUGAAGAUAUCAGGCUUGAGAAAGCUAAUGUUUGGCGUCUACUGAUGUCAGGAGGAAUGCAAGAUGACGAAAUUGAGGAAACCUUAAGAUGUCAAGAUGAAGAUUGGAUGAUCAGUGAAGACUAUGAUUACACAGUGAAGGUUUCAGAACUUGUUGCCAAGUUGAAAGCUGUCUCAUCAGAACGUGACCAACUCAACCAACAAGUCAAGCAACUAACGCUUGAAUGCCAGCAAUGGAAGGACAUCAUAUUAAAAGAUCGAGAUGCAUCUCCAGUGGAUACCGGAACUGAAAUCUUCAACUCUGAAGGCUCUUUUGUCUUGAAUGGCAUGAAUACCACCUUUGUUUGAAUAGUUCAUGUUGUAGUUCUUCUUUAUGAAUAAUGCAUAAUGUACAUUGCUUAUGAUUGAAUUGUGAAUGUUAAAUAAUGCACGACUUCAUGUAUUUGUAAAAUGCACGCUGUAAACAACUUGCCACCUCUCCAAAUUAUUAUUGAUGUUAACGUAAGUCACAUAUGUUUAUUUUUAUAAAUGUGGAAAUUACUCUCAAUCUAAUGAUAAAGAAUUGAUGAAUAUUGUCUUUCUGCUGUAUUUUAAUUGCCACUUUCUAUGGUUGUGAAGUUACGAGAAAAAUAAUGUGUUCUUUUAUUGAGCCUAUAGAUUCAGAGUGCUUACCGGAAAGAUCGUUUCUGUAGAAAGAAGGAUUUCGGAAGGAAACUGUAAACACAAAAGUGCAUACAUAGAAUGAGAAACAUGUCUUUUAUUUAAUUUUAUACAAGUAUUGAUUAUUUAUUGUUACCAGACUCACAUUAUUAGAAGUAAGGUUUCAAAGACAUUGUUUUAGUUGUGUAAACAAUCGUUAUUUAUUUGAAAGUGUAUUGUACGUGUAUGGAUUGAAAUUAUUUGUGCAGUGUCACGAUCGCCUUGAAAAUGUUUGUGGUUCUUUAAUAUCUGAUUGCUCUUUACACAUGUACUAGUCCUUACUGGAAGUCACCCCUUUACAGAAAAGCUGCGUCAAAUUGGGAUUCAUGAUAAAUUUGUGCUUGAGUAUUAGAGUAUUGGUGGUCACACAGGCUUAAGAAAACAGUAAACAAGUAAGCCAGUACGGGUGUAUCAUCAGCGCAUGCCCUUAAUGAAGUUCGCCUCAGAUCAUUCCGACGUGUGUCGCGAGCUUUAGCCUUAUAUGUACUGUGUGGUCCGAUUUAAAUUCGCUUACUUGCUUCGGGACCGAAUGACCCUGUGCUUUUUUUUUCGAAUAUCGAACUAGCUCAUCCACCACGGGAGUUUCACGUAGUAAACUGAUCAUGCUAUAUUGACAUUGGCCCUUGCCUUGCUUGGUUUCCACCGUACCGUUGCAACUUGAAAUGUUUGUGGUCUGUCACUGAAAAAAAAAAUUAUUGCGUUUUUAGUUCAAAAUUUAUGGUUUUAAUAGUUAUAUUUUAAAGUCUAUGAAUUUGAAUUUUACGUAUGUUUGUGGGUAAACUUUUAGUUGAAUAAAGUCAGUUUUGCCUUGACUUGA